CUGUGAUUGCAUCCAGUCCUUUUGUAUUGAAGUUCCCUGCCCUUCAUUCUAUCACAAUGAUCUCUUUAUUCUUUAUACUCCUCGUAGCAGUGACGUAUGCAACGGCACAAGCGCAGUCUACCGCUCCUAUCCCAAUAAUUCGCUUCGAAUCAGAUGGACCAAACCCUGAUGGCUCAUAUAAAUGGCUAUAUGAGACAGGUAAUGAAAUAAACGCUGAAGAGUCAGGCUACGUGAAGAACUUCGGCCAAGGUGAAGGCAAAGAGAUACAGACAGCGGAAGGCAAGUUCAGUUAUAAAGCUCCCGACGGAUCGCUCAUUGCACUCACGUACAUUGCAGACGAAAACGGAUUUCAACCACAGGGAGAUCAUCUGCCGACUCCUCCACCAAUCCCGCCAGCGAUUGCGAAAGCCCUGGAGUACUUGAAGACCCUUCCACCUGGAAAUAACGAAGGUGCUUCAUCGAACAUCAAGCCUCAAUACCAAGCGGCACCGUUCAAGGCCAGGCCAAGAUUUUAAUAGUAAUGUAACCAAGCGUCUGAUGUUAUGUAUACGAUACUGUAACAUUUAAAAUGAGCGACUUUUGCACAUAAUCGUAAUUAAUAUGUUAAUAUAGUAAAUGUAA